GACUUUACUGAAAAAAAAAAAAAAAAAAAAAAGACCCUGCUGUUCAAUUGGCUACUUGACAGGAAAAUACAAUUGUUCCUGAUGUCAAAUUCCAAGCGACUCCUACUAUAAAUGACGGGUUGGGCACUUGUUUGGAGCAGUUUAACUCUGAAGAUUAUUUACCUUGCUCUCGGAAGAACACUUUAGGACGAGAUGAGCGCAUCAGUGGCUGUGUAUAGAAAUAUAUACACCGAGGAUCGCUUCAGACAGACGUAUGGUACGGAAGCCCAGUCUAGAGGGAGAGAGCGGCUCCGCGACAGACUGGCGCAGAGAUGCAGCUGCUCUCAGGUGGAGUGUGUUCACCUGCUCAAGAAGAGACUGCCCGUGUGCAGCUGGCUGCCAAAAUACAAGCUCAAAAAAUGGCUUUUAGGAGAUAUCAUAGCGGGACUGACUGUUGGAAUAGUACACAUUCCCCAAGGAAUGGCCUUUGCUUUGUUGACAUCGGUGGCUCCUGUCUAUGGUCUUUACACAUCCUUCUUCCCUGUGGUUCUCUAUAUGCUCUUCGGCACUGGUCACCACGUUUCCACAGGUACCUUUGCUGUGUUGAGUCUGAUGACAGGCUCAGUGGUGGAGCAACUGGUUCCCAUCCCGCUCGCUCUGAAUUCCAGUAGCCCAGAGGCUGCAGAGUUUGAGGCCCAGAGAAUUGGGGUGGCAUCAGCUGUAGCAUUUCUCUCCGGCAUAAUGAUGCUUUGCAUGUGCGGCCUCCAGUUGGGUUUCCUUUCCACGUACCUCUCAGAACCGAUUGUUAAGGCAUUCACGAGUGCAGCCGCCUUCCAUGUGACUGUCUCACAGCUGCAAAGCAUGUUGGGAUUACGACUACCCCGAUAUGCUGGCGCCUUCUCUCUUUUUAAGACUCUGGCUUCAGUGAUGGAGAAUGUGCCCCACACUAAUUUGGCUGAGCUGGUGAUCUCACUGCUCUGCCUGGCUGUUCUGGUGCCAGUUAAAGAGGUCAACUCACGCUUUCGGGAGCGUCUGCGCACUCCCAUUCCUAUAGAGAUCAUCACAGUAAUAAUUGCAACAGGAAUUACAUAUGCCUUUUCUCUGGAUUCCAAGUAUGACAUACAGAUAGUAGGACAUAUUCCAGCAGGCUUCCCUGAGCCACGUCUGCCUGCAUUGGAGACCAUUCCAGAAAUUGCCGGUGACACAGUUGCUAUCACCCUUGUUGCCUACGCUGUGUCUGUUUCUCUGGCCAUGAUUUAUGCUGAUAAACAUGGAUACUCUAUUGAUCCAAAUCAGGAGCUUCUAGCACAUGGGAUCUCCAACACUGUGUCAUCUCUCUUCACCUGCUUCCCCAAUUCAGCUACACUGGCCACUACCAACAUACUGGAUAGUGCUGGAGGUCACACACAGCUCGCAGGACUGUUCACAAGUCUGGUCGUUCUUAUUGUACUUCUGCUGAUAGGACCUCUAUUUUACUUCUUACCCAAGGCAGUGCUUGCUUGUAUAAACGUGACCAGCCUGAGACAGAUGUUUCUGCUGUUCCAGGAUCUUCCUGACCUUUGGAGAAUCAGCAAAAUCGAUUUUAUGGUGUGGCUUGUGACCUGGCUGUCAGUAGUUGUGCUAAAUGUUGACCUGGGCCUGGCCAUUGGGGUGGUCUUCUCCAUGAUGACAGUUAUCUGUCGCACACAAAGGGCCAGCUGCUCUGUGUUAGGAAGAGCCGACAACACGGAGAUUUACAGAUCCAUCAACAACCAUAAUAAAUGCUAUGAAGUCCCUGGUGUGAAGAUCCUGACCUACAAUGGGCCUAUCUACUACGGGAACCGUAGCUUUUUCAAGGCCGAUAUGGCUCAGCUUCUGGGCCUCACGCCUGAGAGGAUACGCAGCCGAGAGAAAGCCCUGAAGGCCAUAGAGAAGAGAGAGAGAGAGGCCAUCGACUCUGUAGAACAAGGAGUUGCAGACAGUUCAUUUUCUUCAAAGAAUAAUUUGUUCAGAUCAGAGAUGGCUGAGGGUGAAGUCCAGGCCGUGUUGAUAGACUGCAGCAGUGUCAUUUUUGUGGAUGUUGCGGGAGCUCGAUUAUUCAUACAGAUGUGCAUGGAGUGCCAGAAGAUUGGGGUAACAAUAUACCUGGCUAACUGCAAUGAGAGUGUACUGAAGAUUCUCACAUCCAGCGGGCUCAUGAACUACAUGAAUCCUCAACACAUCUUUGUUACAGUCCAUGAUGCUGUGGUCUACAUACAACAGCAGCGGGAGAAACCUCCUGAGAACAACACAACGGACCCGAAGACCUGUGGGUGACUACAAGUGUGUCGAGGAUCGAGUCAAUCCAACAUUUAUUUGGACUCAACAUGCUGUGAUGAGUUUUUCAGGGCCCUCUAUGGUGUCUAAGAGUACGCUGCUGCGGUGGCUGUUGUGUUCAUUACUUGCUCAAGGCCUGUUCACACCAAAACAAUACGAAAAUUUGAUGCUAUAAAUAUUUUAAUUUGAAUGAACGACUGGUAAUGUGUCCAUUUAGACCAACACAAAGAUUUGCAUACCAAGAGGUGUUCUUUUCCAUCUUUUCCAUCUAAGAAAACUGGCCAAACAAUAAGAUUCAUGUUUUUGGUCACAUGCCCAGAGCAGAUGCUGUUACAUAAAACUACAACUUGGUGGCGCUCACAAACAGGCUACUUUGCUGAGUGACAGUGAACAGCGGAGGAAUAAUCUUGUCUCUUUGUACUCUUAUUUUACGUGUUGUUUGAUGUCUGAAUCUGGACGGAUGUUUGAAGACACGUAUAUACUGUUUGACUUCCUUAUUCGUGACAAGCAGGUGUCAGGACACGAACAGACAGUUAAGCAGUGCUUUGUUUACUGUGUUACCAGGGUAUUCCAGCUUCUUUUUUAAAAAAAAUAAAUAAACGCCACCUACUGUUAGAGAGUGAAAUUGCAUUUUCAUUCAGUCCGUCUGCAGUUUUUAUGCAUUGGUUCCUAAAAUCGGACAGAAUAUUCGUGCCAAACAUUUGUGUUGGUGUGAAUCGGCCUUAACAUGCACACACAUGAUUAUCAGCAGUGCUAACAAUAUUGCUAGCCCUGCAAACUCCAUGUGUAGGCAGAAAAGAGAGAUAAAUUAUGGUUGUUUUAUUGAUUCUGUAUGUCUGAAUCUUUUCAAUUUAUCAGAAGUGGCUGAAUUAGUAUUUUAAUAAUAAUAAUAAUAAUGUACAUUCUGAUCUUGCAUUGUUGCCAUAUUUUACUUUUAGAUAAUACAUAAAUGCUGUGCAUGUUAUUAAAAUGUCCUUCAAAGAAAAAAAAAACAACAACAACAAUAUUAUUUAUGAAAUAUUCACAUUCUUGUCAAACUAAUUGGUAAUCAUUACGUUGUCAUGUUCAGAGAUUGCCAACAGACCAAACCAAGAAAGAAUUUUAUAAAAUAAAACUUUUCUCCACUGGACAA